GCACAUAUUGAUAUUGUAUCCAGCUUCGCAGUCAUUUAUAGACAUAAGGUAGCAGAGCAUGGCCAAGAUGACCAAUGUCUGAUAGAUUCUAUUGAGGAUCGAGUGUUCAGGCACAAGAUCCCCUGACUACGGAACAGGUGUUCAUCAACCUCACAAAUGAUCGCAUUAUAGCGAACAACAUUUCCAAACGUACAUCAUGCUGGACGAUCUUGAUUGCCAGAUCGCAUCCCGAGAAAACCAGUAGCCGGUCUCCUCGCGCCCGAUCGCUUGGUUGCGUCGUGACCUUACAAAGUCGCGUACACGCUAUGGGACCCCGAGGAAUCUUCACAUCGAUUUACCUGACAUCUCUGCUGAUCAACUGUAUACAGACAGGAUACUCACUGGACACAUCGGAUCACUUCUUGACCCCGAUGCCACACGUGCUUGGGAUGUCUGUCAAGCCUGACACAGCGCUGCGAGACAGAAGUUGCUCGGGGUGUGAGGGAUCACCUCUGGGGAUGAGCUGCUGCGGACUCUGCGCUUUCUGGGAGAAUCCCAGGAGUCAGUCUGGCGUUCAUCAUCAUGGCUGGGAGGGGCAGUGCAAUGCGCGACAGGUGGCAGGAUUGCUUAGUAAUCUCAAGGAGCAGGGUAUAGAUCUGGAGGGCUUCCAGCCACAGGAGCUCUUUGACCAAAUCAAAGGGCGCACUCUCUGGCUGAUAGGAGAUUCGCAGACGAACUACUGGUUUCUAGCGGUGGAGUGCUUCCUAAAGGACUACUUGGUGCAAGAGAAGAGGGGGCAGCCCACAAACUCGACAGAGGCCAACAUGUGGCUCAUAAAAUUCAUUGAGGAGCUCCCCCACAGGGGCAGCAGGAAGGCAGAGCCCAGACCUUCCAUGUGCACCUCAUACCAGGAGAACACAAGGGUGUGCUUUGUGCGCAUACACAAGGUGGAGGAGGCAGCGCACCCGGUGCUGCGCGUGCUCAAGCGCACGGUGCCAAACUUUCACCGCGACAUUGCAAUCGUCAAUGCCGGUCUGCACUAUGGUGUAGGAGACCCCGGAUACAGGUGGAGCAUGGAGUACUUUGCCAAAUUUGUGCGCGAGCACCGGCAGGAGCUGGCCACCAUUGUCUGGAAGGACACCCCGCCGCAGCACUUCGACUUUGAAAACGGCUACUACUGGUGGUUUGAUGACAGCAAGGGAGGGACAGCAGGCGGCCCAAAGUCGGAGAAGUGCAGGGCGCUGACACAAGAGGAGCUUGGCAGCGAGGAGAUCCUGGCGGGCGGCUGGUUCAACCAGGUGGCGUUCGAGGUCAUGCGCGCCUCAAGAGUCUCAGUCUUCAAUGCCUACAACCACACGCUGCCCCUCUGGGACUUCCACCUGAAGGACAAGGACUGCACCCACUUCUGCAACCCCAGUGCCUAUGAGUUGUGGACAUACCUUCUCAAGGAGCACCUCAAACACCUGCAGCCCUGGUUGCCUGCCUGA